AAAAUAGUUUUUAACGGUUCAAACUCAGUUUUUUUUACCCGACACAAGCAACUUCCGUAGGCGAUGGCUCCUGCUAUGAAGAUCGUUCUCGGUUUAUUAACCUUUGUUACUGUCGGAAUGAUUAUCGCAGGUGCUUCGUUUCAGCUAGCAUUCAUACGAAGAUUAGAAGAUUCAUACGGUAAUUAUCACUUUCCUACUACAAAACUGCAUACAAGGCAAAGUGAUGGUCAUCUCAGGUUGCCAAUAGGUUUGAGUCAUUGGCAUGGUGAUCAAGAAGCAGAAAUUUUGCGUCUUGGAUAUGUCAAACCUGAAAUAAUUAGCUGGUCUCCUCGAAUUAUAGUACUUCAUAAUUUCCUUAGCAAUGAGGAAUGCGACUACCUUAAAGCCAUUGCCCUCCCUCGUCUUCAAGUUUCUACUGUGGUGGAUGCAAAAACUGGGAUGGGAAUUAAGAGUAAGGUCAGGACAAGCUCUGGUAUGUUCUUGAGGCCAAAUGAAAGAAAGUGUCCAAUGAUACAGGCAAUUGAAAAGCGGAUUUCAGUGUUUUCUCAAAUACCAGCUGAACAUGGGGAGCAAAUCCAAGUUUUAAGGUAUGAAAAGGAUCAGUUUUACAAGCCCCAUCACGAUUACUUUUCUGAUCCUUUUAACAUUAAGCGCGGUCAACGAAUAGCAACUAUGCUCAUGUAUCUUAGUGAUGAUGUUGAAGGAGGAGAAACAUAUUUCCCUAGGGCUGGUACAGGCGAUUGUAGCUGUGGUGGGAAGGUUGUUAAAGGGAUGUCAAUAAAACCGAUAAAAGGAGAUGCCGUACUUUUCUGGAGUAUGGGACUCGACGGGCAGUCCGAUCCAAAUAGCUUGCAUGGAGGAUGCGUGGUUUUGUCAGGUGAGAAAUGGUCAGCAACAAAAUGGAUGAGGAAGAAACCUAGUUCUUAAUUUUAAAUUCUUAACCUUCUUUCUCCACCUAUGUAUAGAAAUUUAUCUUGGAUUCAGAUUAGAUAUCGGAUACGGGUAUCUCUUCCACGAAUAAUUUUUUAAAAAAGAUUUUCAUAAUAUUAUUUUUGAGAAUUGUAUCCCAUGCCAGUAUGAAAAAGCCACUGGAACAGCAUACCUAGUAAUUUAUAUAAUGGUUUUUUCAAA